ACUUCCCGGCACGCGGCGGCGGCGGCGACCGAGGAAGCGGCGCGGUGCCGGCCUGAGCGCGGGAAGCAGGGGCGACGGUGCCAUGGGGGACGCUCCGAGCCCUGAAGAGAAGCUGCACCUUAUCACCCGGAACCUGCAGGGUAAAGGAUGAGCAAGGUGGGGCACCAGCAUUAAACCAGCUCUUCUGCUUCCACAACAGGAGGUUCUGGGGGAAGACAAGCUGAAGGAGAUACUCAAGGAGCGGGAGCUUAAAGUUUAUUGGGGAACAGCAACCACAGGCAAGCCACACGUGGCUUACUUCGUGCCUAUGUCUAAGAUUGCAGACUUCCUGAAAGCAGGAUGUGAGGUAACGAUUCUGUUUGCGGACCUUCACGCUUACCUGGAUAACAUGAAAGCCCCAUGGGAACUUCUAGAACUCCGAACCAGCUACUAUGAGAAUGUGAUCAAGGCAAUGCUGGAGAGCAUUGGUGUGCCCUUGGAGAAGCUCAGGUUCGUCAAAGGCACUGAUUACCAGCUCAGCAAAGAGUACACACUCGAUGUGUACAGACUCUCCUCCGUGGUCACACAACAUGAUGCCAAGAAAGCCGGGGCUGAGGUGGUAAAGCAGGUGGAACACCCUUUGCUGAGUGGUCUGCUGUAUCCUGGACUGCAGGCCUUAGAUGAAGAGUAUUUGAAAGUAGAUGCCCAGUUUGGAGGUGUUGAUCAGAGAAAGAUUUUCACCUUUGCAGAAAAGUACCUCCCUGCACUUGGUUACUCAAAACGGGUCCAUCUGAUGAAUCCUAUGGUUCCAGGAUUAACUGGCAGCAAAAUGAGCUCCUCAGAAGAGGAGUCCAAGAUUGAUCUCCUUGACCGGAAGGAGGAUGUAAAGAAAAAACUAAAGAAGGCCUUCUGUGAGCCAGGGAACGUGGAGAACAACGGAGUUCUGUCUUUCAUCAAGCAUGUCCUCUUUCCCCUUAAGUCUGAGUUUGUGAUCCUUCGAGAUGAGAAAUGGGGUGGAAACAAAACCUACACCGCUUACUUGGACCUGGAAAAGGACUUUGCUGAUGAGGUUGUACACCCUGGAGACCUCAAGAAUUCUGUUGAAGUCGCCCUGAACAAGUUGCUGGAUCCUAUCCGCGAAAAGUUUAAUACUCCUGCACUGAAGAAACUGGCCAGCGCUGCCUACCCAGACCCCUCAAAGCAGAAGCCGAUUGCCAAAGGUCCUGCCAAGAAUUCAGAACCAGAGGAGGUCAUCCCAUCCCGGCUGGAUAUCCGUGUGGGCAAAGUCAUUAGUGUGGACAAGCACCCAGACGCAGACAGCCUGUAUGUGGAGAAGGUCGAUGUGGGGGAAGCUGAACCACGGACUGUGGUGAGCGGCCUGGUGCAGUUUGUGCCCGAGGAGGACCUGCGGGAUAGGCUGGUGGUGGUGCUGUGCAAUCUGAAACCCCAGAAGAUGAGGGGUGUCGAGUCCCAAGGCAUGCUUCUGUGUGCUUCUAUAGAAGGGGUAAACCGCAAGGUUGAGCCUCUGGACCCUCCUGCCGGCUCUGCUCCCGGGGAGCGAGUGUUCGUGAAGGGCUACGAGAAGGGCCAGCCGGAUGAAGAGCUCAAGCCCAAGAAGAAGGUCUUCGAGAAGCUGCAGGCGGACUUUAAAACCUCCGAGGAGUGCAUCGCACAGUGGAAAGAAGCCAACUUCAUGACCAAGCUGGGGUGCAUCUCCUGUAAAUCACUGAGAGGGGGCAACAUUAGCUAGCCAACCGGGCACCUUCCUCCCUUCUCCCGUCACCCUGAGUCAUCUGCUGUCUUAAUUUGCUCCGUCCGCCACCCAUUUAUCCAUCUCCCAGGACACCGCAGCAGGAAGUUUGGGACUUUACCAGGUGUGGGACUCAGUAAGCGGCAGCUCAGCCUCCCCAGAAUCCAGAACCAUCCUGUCUGGCUGAAGUGAGCCGCUGACCUCCCAGGUAGUCAUGCGGGUGAGGCAGCAGCAGGGAGCUCAGCUCUACCUUCUUCCCUCGGCAGCUGACUGGAGAAAUCUGGUUUCAAUAGAAGUCCUAGAAAAGGCUUAUGCCACAGUCGUCCUAAUUGGAAAAAUAUUGGUUCCUGUUUUCCUAGAGUUAUCCCAGCGGCUGUCUCUGUCUGGGAUCUGGUGCCUGAACUGGGCUAAUUACAGCCUUUCCCCAACAGGAAAUUGUGGGAUUCCAAAAGCAAGGGGAAGAGAAAACAGAGAACCUAGUGGUCUACCGAGGGGUUGGCAGCUUUUUUCCCCAGUGGCCGCCAACCUUGAGGCUUGGCAUUGGGGGCAGGGCCAGCCCCCAGGGCUCCUGGAAUUUCUCUCCCUUGAUUCUGUUGGGUUGAGACAUUCCCUAAACCAGCUGUGUGUUAUUAAUAUCGGAAGUAGGGCGGGGACAGCCUGAAUCCUCCUUCAGAGAGGGUGGAGUACUUCUCCAUAGACAUCUCAAUCAGAAUCACUAUCACUGUCAUGAAUUCAAAUAAACUGUCUGAACAAAGGUGUCUGGAUGAGGCCUGUCUGUGAGCUGGACCAUCCCAGGAGAGAGGAAAAGGUGUGGAGCAGCUUCUGGGCCCCUCACCCAACCUAGGCUGCUCAUAUCUUGGACUUUUGACCCUGUAAUGUUGGGAGAUAGUGAAUUGGAUGGAUGACCGACACUUUGACUUUUCCUUCGUGAUAAAAGCAGAAGAGGCCCACUUUGGGGUCCAGUGCUUACAGGAGGCACAAAGAACAUCCUCUCAUAAUAGUGGGCCCAGACCACCACCCUGUCCCUCCAUUAAGAAACAGCAAACCACAGCCACGUUUUAAUCAUUUAAUUAACACCUUUGAAUGAAACACACACACACAGCUCUUUCAUGUGUCUCACUCAGGCUUCAGGGCAGAGGGAAUGGAUUGUUUGUAUAGACAUAUCAAAGACUCAAAAAUUUAAAGAAAUAUAUAUAUAUAUAUACUUCUCUCUCUCUAACAUUUUUAUGGAAAUUAAAAAUCAGAGGCUUUUGGUCUCUCCAUUUGCACUAGGUCAAGCUCAUUUACCCCAGAGGACAAAGAAGGGUUGCCUCUUCUAGAUCCUCCCUUCUCCUUUGUACUCUGUCCCACCCAGUGGGGAAACAAGCUCAGAAGAUUCUAACUGAGGAUAAGGAGCUCAAGUAACGUUGGGGGGGGGGGGGGGGCGGGGAAGAGACACAGAAGUUGGGCUCCCUCCCAUCUCCAUCUCCAACAGCUCCAAGGCUGCUGCCAGGGCCAGGUUUCUUUCGUGGAGGCUUUGGCCUGGUCUUGGUUCCCAGGGGGCUGGUCAGGAGCUCUGAGCAGAGCAGUGCAUACUGACUGACUCUCCUCUUUCCCCGGCUCACUGGACAGGUGCGACAUGUACCCAGCAGCCGCUCUCCAUUACCCAAAGGGCAAGGGAAACCUUGGUUUACAGAACGCUGGUUUACAGCCACAGGGAGAAGAGGACAGUGAGGGAGGGCCCCAGGAACCUGGGCUCUCAUACCACAUCCCCUGUGUUCCCACCUCUGGUUCUGGGAGGGGUUCAGCCUCUCCACAGAAGCAGCUAAAAGUGAGGUUCCUCAAGCCCAAGUCACUGUUGAGGAAAGAGGAUCAGGCCAGAAGGGAUGGCCCUGGUGGCAGUCACACUACUGUGAAGGGAGGCACCGGGGCCAGUGGGGAAGCCAGCUUACCUAGAUAGGAGGCACAGGCUGAAAAUAGGUCAUUAAAAUUCCUAGAGGAGACCUCAGUAGCAGAAGCUGAUGGCCAGGGGGCAAUCGCCCAGCCUGCUCCCUAGGAGCACUGAACCCCCUUCACUGACUAGGGAAGAGUCUGGAAUAGAAUGCACCUUUGGCUUCCUUCCCAUCCUUGUCACUCAGCGUCAGCUCCCCCCAGUGAAACCACCUGUGCUGAAAGGCAGCUGCAGAAAGAACAUGCACCGAGUAAAGAGAAAGGUCAGAGAAUGUAAUCUGUAGGGCCAGGUCUGGGCCCACUGCCCAAAUAAGCGCUCCCCUGGCCAGACCCUCCACCCGCCUCCCUCAGGGCUUCCUGCACAGCUGAAAGGGACACAGCUUUGCCACAGCCCAUGGGCUCCUGCCUCUGAAGUGUUGCGCCUGCCUGCCCACCCCAACCUGAUCAAGUGAAACAAGGGGGCAGAUGCUUGGCAUUACCAAGUGCCCGCUGAGAGGCCUCCCUGUUCUGUCCUCCCACUCUCUGAGGACAGAGCCUGUGGACCUCCUCUCUUCUUCUCCCUCCCACCCCCUCCCUCAUUUGGGCCCAGGCAGUCCCCACUUCUUGUCCCCUGCAUGGAGCACCUGGCAGAACUGGAAGGCAGGUGGUUGGUGGUCAGUUGGGGCACAGGAGGGCUAACCCCUGCUGCCCCUUUUGUGCUUUGGAAUUCCACAGCCCCGCUCCUACCUCCAGCCUGGAGAAACCUGUGGGAAUACAAUGACUCGCCCACCUCCAAGAACUAGGAAAUGAGCAAACUGGAUCGGAGGGAGCAGACUGGUCCCAGCUAUGGGCUGGCUACCAGGGACUGAUGCUGCCGCCAUGUAAACAGUCCCUUAGAAUGAGGCUUCAUGGGCCCUGGAGGAUGGACAUGCAGCCACUUGUCAAAAGUGCUUUGAUUCUGGACUACAGUAUGUGCAUGAUUUGGACAUGGGCGGGGGGGGGGGGG